GGGCGGGGCAGGGGGCUCGGAAACCAGACGGUGGCGGAGCGGUGCCUUGCGUCCCCGCGCGGUGGUGGCGGAGGCGGCGGGCGCUCGGCUUUGUGGCGCGCGCGGGUUCCACCGGGUGUCGUGGAGGCACAGGCACCGGGGGCACUCUGCCUGGCCGCGGGUGCCGCAGGGCAUGGCCAGCCCCGCGCGGUCCGGCUUCCCGGCGCGCACGAACAGCCGUCUGGACGCGUUCCUGCGGCGACACCUGCCGCCCGAAGUCUACGACGCCGUCCGCGCCUACGAGCCGUGCAUCGUGGUGUCCGAGGCCGAGAAGCACACGUUCAGGUACGUGGUGCUUAGCGACCGGCUCAUCUACCUGACGGAGAACCCGCCCAAGUCCAUCCGGAGGGUCGUGGCUCUGCGGGACGUCGUGGCCAUUGACCUGAUUGACGAUUACCCAGAAUUUUUGAAUUCGCCAGAUAGAGAAAUCAACCAGCACAUUCGUAUUGUGUACUCUUCAAAGGUCUUGAAAAAAGAGUGUGGGAAACCCAAAGGCGUGGGGAAAUUCCUAUUCCCACUCCACCACAGCAACGUGACCAAAAAAGUCAAGCAAGAUAAUAAUGGACCUACCUUUUGGAGAAGAAAAGACCCCAGGAGUCGGAACGAAUCCUCUCUGAGGUCCCACCAGGCGAGCAGCAUGCCAUUCAAGGACUCAACACCCUGUCCUCCAGACCUCACGCUGUCCCUUCCUGGCCAAGGUACCUCUCGGCCUUUACCUGCUCUCUCCAGGACUUUACAGUCCACAGCAGCUUCUGCCUGCUCACCGCCUUUUGUGUCAAGCACUGAACAGCAGGAGCCUCCAGACUACAAAGACGCCCCAAAAGAAAUUCCUCUCAGGUUGGAUGGGAACAGAAAUGAGUGUCACGUAAGAAAUUCUCUCCCAGCUUCUCCUUCACACAGCAGCUCCAGCCUAGAGAAGGAGGAGUCGGAACUCCACCUCUAUGUUAUCUCUGAAACCUCAUCAAUAUUUCUGCACUUAAAGAGUUCGUGGAACAACUACAUUAUAAGAGCUACUCUUCCACAAGACCCUCUGUGCUCCGGUGAACAGGGUCUCGUCAUUGGGAAUCCAAAGCCGUACAGGGGAACACUGCUUAAUCUCUUAGUGAUUUUAGUGAGUAAGCCUAAGCUUCCAAAGUCUUGCUCCCCAUCGAAUGCCCAGCUGCCAUGUGAUUCAACGUCAGCCGACAUCUCCUUCGAUGCUCAGUUACAGGCGCUCAUCCUGGAAUACACAGACACGGCAACAGCCCUGCUCUAUGAGAUCCUUCUCGUCUUUCAGCAGGGAAAUCUUGGCUUGGGAUCCACAAAGUUUGCUAUUAGCUGGAUGAUGUCCUUUCUACAAAGCUGCCCUCCCACGAUGGCUUUCGUGGCCAGCAUUGUAAAGCGGGUGGUGAAGGGGCUGUCAGCCUCGCUCCAGCUGCUGACUCCCUGCCAAGCGGUUCUGUUGUACCAGCAGUUCUACAUCCUCAAGAGCUGCUUGCUGUACAGCAAGGCUCUGGCCGAGUACCUCAGGAGUGACCACAGCGAAGAGUUCAGGUACUUCAUUCAUAUGCCAGCCUUGGAAAAGAGGCUCCCUGUGUGCUACCCUAUUACGGAGCCCACCACUCAGCUCUGUCAUGAAGUUCUACAAUUGAUUGAACAGAAACAAUAUGCAAAAUUUUAGAGGAGAUAAAGUAUAAAGUAUUCAUUGAAGUCUAUAGUUAUGAGAAACAGCCUUUUGACUUAUUUAAUAUCUUUUAGUUAAAUGUUCAUUAACACCUCUUUAAGAAGCCUUAACUUUUUAAGUAAUCAUGCCUAGGCUGAGAGCAUGCAGCUCAGUGGGAUAGCCCUCACCUAGCAUCUGUGAAGACAUGGGUUCAAGAUCCCGCACAGGAAAAAUGGAACAAAAAGCUAAGCACCACAAACACCGUCUAAAUCUUUCUUGACAUACGUAAAGUGGUGUGCCUCUCCAGAAUGAAAGGUUCCUAAUAGAUGUGAAACACAGUCAGGGCACAGAGGUACAGAGCAGCUGAGUGUGCAGAAUCUAUCUGGUGGGCUCUGUGGGUGCAAUAAGGGUGAUGGGUAGAAGCCACUGGAACGCCCACAGCUAGACGGUUGUAGGAAGUACAGACUACACAGUGAGCUUGAGAGAUGCGCCCAGCAACGCACGGCACCUUCUCCUCCACCUGGAAAUCUUCCUACAGCCAGAGUAUCUGGGCAGCAAUGGGCAGGGGAGCAGUCACAGGUGCACAGAGGAAGAGGGGAAACAGGCCAGACUUCCUGUGGCACAGCACCUGUUUCCUGCCUGGGGUGGGGGGUGGGCAUUCUGAACCAUCCUGUGGAAGGAAGGCUACUCACAACCUCUCACAAGAGGCUUCCACCACACUGUGUGCCUUACACUAAUAGAGUCCCCAAAUCCUCCCUGUGAGCUGUUGGGUUUGGACGUCUAAGAACACCAGGACUGGGUUUUCUGUUCAGCAUAUGACGGCCUGAGGAAGGACCAGAGGAAAGUCUACCUCUGAAGAAAGCACUCCCUGGCCAGCUUGGCCAGCAGCGGGCAGCAGAACCACAGCUGGGGACUUUGCCAAGGAGGUUCUCUUAGGUUCUUGCCAUUAAUUUGUCCAGCAAUAUUUAAAUCAAUUAUUUUACAGUGAUCAUGUUUUAUACUGUAACAUUUGUAUAACGUUUGACUGAUUGUCCAAGACAUUUUUUUAGAUUUAAUACUUACACAGCUUUGUAAAUAUUCUAAGCCUAGACCUAUUCUAGCUGUCGAUGUAACUCAGAUGAUGGUAGGGCACUUGCCUAGCGUGUGGGAGGCCCUAGGUUCAGUGCCCAG